AUGCCGGGCCUCGGGCCAAACGGCGGCCCGCACUGUUUGGACAUCUAUACCUCUCGGAGUAGCUGGCUGGCUGUCGCGCCGCUGCCGAAAUUGAAUGCCGUGUCCGUCGGGAAACAGGCUAGUGAUAACUCGAAGUCUCCAACUAAAUUGAUUUUACAGUGUGUUUCAGCUUACCGUGAAAGUGAAAUCGGAGAUGUCGAGAGGAGAUCCGGCUGGACUCCAGCCGAUCAGGCGACCGGCGAGGGCGCCGAGGAGGCGAGGAGGCGCGGCGAUGGGAUUUUGAUCGGACCAUCCAAAAGCGAGCAAAGCGUUUCCAGAGCCUUCCCCGGCACGCCCUCCCUCCUUCGAGGUCGCCGCCUCUCCCUCUCCAACCAACCUGCGUCCUCCGCCACGCCUCGCCGCCAGCCGGAGUUCGUCGGUGCCGGCGGGGGCAACAACAUCUUCCGCGUUCCACUCCGCACGGCGAUGCACCCAGCCCACCUGCGCAGCCUCAGGCUCCGCUUCUCCCCUCCCUCGCUUACCUGCCCUCCUGCCCCAUAUGACCGGCCACGACCUGGAUCAAACCGGGCGGCCGCCGCCGCCGCUGCAACAGCAGAUGAAGCAACCCCCCUGUCACCGGCCUCUGCCCCCAUGGUAACUUAUUCAGCUAGCUGAAAAGAAGAAGCUCAUCUCAGUUGUAGCAGAAAGUUCCACAAUGAGGAAGAGGCACUCGAUGGUCAGAGUGAUGGUUCCUUUGAAACCUGAACAUAGUUCAAACAGCAAAUAGAUUGGCUAUGGCAAUCACAUAUACCUUAAUAGGUAUUCUAAUCAGUUUGAAUUUCAGUUUUAUCUUAUUCUUCUAUCAACAGAUUUAUUCACUGUCCUCCUUUGGUAACAGUGGCUGUACAUAACCAAAGUAAACUUACUAUCAAUAAUCAUUGAGAAAUCAUCAGUAGUGGUCAUUUCUGCUAGCAGUGGUUGUACACAACUUUUUCAUACUGUAUGCUCCUGCUAGCAGCAGCUGUACACGACUUUUUUAUAUUGUAUGUUUCUCUUGCCCAGGAAAGCCAAAACGAAUUGUAAUU